AUGGCGCUGCUAGUGGGCAUGUGUUCUGGGGACAGCACAUCUUCCAGUGGACCAGGCAGUGAGGGGCGUAUCCAGUCUCAUGGGGAUUCGCUGCCGGUGGUGAAGCUCUCAGUGCUGCUGGCCCAGAACCGGGUCCACCUCUACAAGUUUCUGCUCCUCAAGAUCACCCUCAACAACUGGCUGUAAGGGCCGGUCCAGGAGGCUCAGGGGUCCUGCGGCCGGCGACACCCACUGCCCGGGCUUGCAGCCUGCCCGAUGGUCUGGGUUCUACAGGCUGGGCUGGCACUCAUACAGGUUCCGGUGUGGCUGGUGCUGAAGGUGCCCAGGCUAGUGUGGGCGGGCAUGCUGGGCGGUGCCCGGGCCUUGGGCCUGGACCCGAAGUGGCCAGGUGCCUGGGAGCAGCUGGGCCUGUCUGCAGCCACCUGGAUGGACCUACUUCUGUCAUGUUUGCACAGCCUGAUGCUGGCGGCCUUGCUGCUGCUGCUGCUGACCUGGAGGCUGCUGUGGAGGGCCCACCGCUGCAGCCUGGGCUGGCUGCCCAGCAAGGCUCUGCUGGAGAACCAUGUGGUGCUGGAGCUGCUGGCACUGCUGAAGCAUCUGUACUGGUGGGUGGAGAGCACGGUAGUGCUCACCUUCUGGCACCUGGCCUAUCUCGUCACUUGGACCACCUGCCUUGCUUCCCACCUGCUGCAGGCUGCCUUCGAGCACACGGCCCAGCUGGCCCAGUCCCAGGCCCAGGAGGCUGAGCCCCAGGAGGCCUCACAGGAGGCCUCAAGGCCUAGGUCUGAGUCCUCAUUCCUUGAGUCUCUGGUUCUCAAGGCUGAGCCAGUCCUGCCAGAGUGUGGGACUCUUGGAGAAUAAAUGUGUCCCUCCUGCC